CUCCGCAGGACUUGCUGGCUACUUCAGUCAAUGCCAUUGCUACAUUCACAGUACAGUUUCACAGUUAGCAAGGAAAACAGAUUCUUUAUUCUUGCUGCAGUGUAGCAGGUUCUACCACCAAUCUUCGACGGUUUCUGGCUCCUUCUCACCUGCACCAACGGAACAACAGCCCCCCCGGGGGCGGCUUACUGGCAGCCAUGCCUUUGAAUUUGAACAACGACGACGAGAGCCUUAUCAUCCAUUGAGAUGGCUGAAAUCCUGUGAGUUUCGGAAACUCGUACUGAUUUUCUUUGCCAAUGGCCUCCAACGUUCACAGACAUGGCGCCCAAAGGGGGACUGCUAAGCUCGAUCGGCUUGUUUCGGCGGGUGCCAAUCUUAAAGCGACGUCGUUUAAACCAAGGGUUCCUCCUUCAUCGCAGUCUUCGGGAUCCGCUCUUCGCCGGAGUAGCCCGGCGUCUUUGGCAGCUAGAAACGGAGACGGAGUACCUGGGAGAGUUCGAGUGGCUGUAAGAUUGAGACCUCGAAAUGCUGAAGAAAUGGUGGCGGAUGCUGAUUUUGCUGACUGUGUUGAAUUGCAACCUGAGUUUAAAAGGCUGAAACUUCGGAAAAACAAUUGGGAUUCAGACACAUAUGAAUUUGAUGAAGUAUUUACUGAAUUUGCAUCACAGAAGCGUGUCUAUGAAGUUGUUGCUAAGCCAGUGGUGGAGAGUGUUCUUGAUGGAUAUAAUGGGACGGUAAUGGCUUAUGGCCAAACAGGCACUGGGAAAACUUUUACUGUUGGACAAUUGGGGGAAGACGAUGCUUCCAGUCGUGGCAUCAUGGUUCGUUCCAUGGAGGAUAUUUUAGCAGAUCUAUCUCCAGAAACUGAUUCAGUCACCGUCUCAUACUUGCAGCUUUACAUGGAGUCUCUCCAGGACUUGCUUAAUCCUGCGAAUGAUAACAUUCCCAUUGUGGAAGAUCCAAGAACUGGUGAUGUAUCUUUGCCUGGGGCUACACUUGUAGAAAUCAGAGACCAGCAGAGUUUUUUGGAGUUGCUAAGAGUGGGGGAAGCUCACCGUUUUGCUGCUAACACAAAGUUGAAUACUGAAUCUUCUCGUAGCCAUGCUAUUCUGAUGGUACAUGUUAAGAGGUCUGUCUUAGAAGGUGGAGAUAUUUCUUCUAAUGAAAAUAAUGACUCUUCUCAUUUGACCAAACCUCCUAAACCACUUGUUCGAAAGAGCAAGCUGGUUGUGGUAGAUUUAGCAGGUUCAGAGCGUAUCCACAAGUCAGGGAGUGAAGGACAAAUGCUAGAGGAAGCUAAAUCUAUAAAUCUCUCACUUAGCGCAUUGGGAAAAUGCAUUAAUGCUCUGGCAGAGAACAGUGCUCAUGUUCCAAUUCGUGAUUCCAAACUCACCAGAUUGCUUAGAGAUUCUUUUGGUGGUACUGCUAGGACUUCUUUGAUUGUAACUAUUGGACCGUCUCCACGUCAUCGUGGAGAGACUGCAAGUACUAUACUGUUUGGCCAAAGGGCAAUGAAAGUUGAGAAUAUGUUGAAAAUAAAGGAGGAAUUUGAUUAUAAAAGCUUGGCCCGGAGGUUUGAGGUACAAGUAGAUAAGUUGAUUGCAGAAAAUGAAAGGCAGCAGAAAGCUUUUGAGGCUGAAGUUGAAAAAAUAACUUUGGAGGCUCAAAGUCGUAUAGCUGAAGUUGAGAGGAAUUUCACAGAUGCAUUGGAGAAAGAGAGGUUGAAAUGCCAGUUGGAGUACAUGGAUUCAGUCAAGCAGUUGGAGCAUAAGUUGGUAUUGAGUCAAGAAAGACCUGACUGCAAUGGUUUUGUGGAUGGACACGGCCAGGGGCCUGGGCCAUCUUCUGUAGAUGAAGUUGCUGAGGUCAAAAGGAUGCUUGAAAAUGAAACUAAUCGUAGAAAGGCAGCUGAAGAAGAGGCAGAUAUUCUAAAAAGUCAGCUGGGGAAACAUUCACAGACGGAGGUUGGAGGCAAUGUGGAGAUUCUAAAUCUUCGCAGAAUGCUGGAAGAGGAGGAUCAUCAGAAAAAGAAACUUGAAGAAGAGAUAAUAAUACUACGAAGUCAGUUAUUACAGUUGAACUAUGAAGCUGAUCAGAUGAGAAGAUGUUUGGAAAGUGGUGGUUCUGGAAAUGCAUUUUCUGCCAUGGAUUCUGCCAUGUCUCAAGCUAGGAAUUCUCAACUCAGAGACAAUGGGAAUGGUCAGAAGACAUCUGUUGCUACUCUUUUUGAACAAGUUGGAUUGCAAAAGAUAUUGACAUUACUGGAGUCAGAUGAUGCCAAUGUACGGGUUCAUGCAGUGAAAGUGGUUGCCAACCUGGCAGCAGAAGAGGCAAAUCAGAAAAGAAUUGUAGAUGCAGGGGGUCUUACAUCCUUACUUAUGCUUCUUAGGAGAUAUGAGGAUGAAACUGUUCGCAGGGUAGCAGCAGGCGCAAUAGCCAAUCUUGCGAUGAAUGAAGCCAAUCAAGAACUCAUUAUGGCUGAAGGUGGAAUUACUCUCUUAUCAAUGACUGCAUCUGAUGCUGAAGAUCCACAAACUCUCCGAAUGGUAGCUGGGGCUAUUGCUAAUCUAUGUGGAAAUGAGAAGUUAUUAAUGAAGCUGAGAUCUCAGGGUGGUAUAAAGGCUUUACUAGGAAUCGUAAGGUGUGGACAUCCUGAUGUUCUUUCCCAAGUUGCUCGAGGAAUUGCGAACUUUGCAAAAUGCGAGUCCCGAGCUUCUAGUCAAGGGAUAAAGAGUGGCAGAUCCUUUUUAGUAGACGAUGGUGCGCUACCGUGGAUAGUACAAAAUGCUAACAAUGAAGCUGCACCUAUCAGGCGCCACAUUGAGCUUGCAAUUUGCCACUUGGCACAGCAUGAAGUGAAUGCAAAAGACAUGAUUAGUGGAGGUGCCCUUUGGGAGCUUGUCCGUAUUUCAAGGGACUGCUCACGAGAGGACAUAAGGAGUCUUGCCCGUCGGACUCUAAACAAUAGCCCGACAUUCAAAUCAGAACUGAGACGGCUACGAAUUGAGUAUUGAUAGCCAAUUUUCAUUCAAUUAUUUCCAAUCAUUCGGAUCCUUAAGCUGGAGAGACUGAUCUGGUCUACUAAAUUCUGAUGUUAACUCUGCUUCUAAGGUAGCAUUGAGAUAUAGCUACUUCUUGGCAGUUUCCAGCAAUCAUUGAACUAAAACGGAAUGCCAUGCAUGUAUAUGUGCUGUUGGGUAGGAGAGAUGGUUAUACGUUUCGUUAGUUUAGCAUGGUCUAGUCAAAUUCUGCUAUUUAUUCCUUUCUCCUUGUGGAAACUACGUGGAGCUGACCAAUAUUGUAUUGUUGAUUUAUGUAAGUAAUAUAAAUUUUUUCCAUAUUUUUUAUGGCCGUUAAUGAA